AAAUAAAAAGCAUGCGCUUAAAACAUGGAACUAAUGUAUAGCCAUAACAUAGAAUUUAUAAAUUAUUCUUUUAAGAAUAUUUACUUUAUUUCUACUCUAAUUAAUUGGUUAUUAUAAUGUAAAAUAAAUAAAUAAUUUGCUUUAAAAUUUUGAACGUACCAAGUUAACAACUUAUUAUUUCAAAAGUGUAAUUAAUUUAAAAAAAACUAAGUGAUUUUGUUUUCUGUGAAGAACAACGGCAUCAGCCGCAAAGUAUUAAAUUUAAAAAUCGGUGAUAUUUUAUAUGAUAUUAAUUAUUAUAAUGCAAAUUCAUAAUUGAAAACUAAUAUUAAAAUUGGUUACAUACAAGUUCUUUGUACUAUAAAUGGGUACGUAUAUGUACAUAAAUAUGUACAUCAAUAAGAGUAAAUAGUGAAGUUCAAUAUAAAUCAUAUGUAUUUUCAUAAAAAACAUGACUGCCAGAAAACCCUGACUCCACAAAAUAUAAAACUUUUAAAAUUUAAAAUAUAAUUACAAAAUGGAAUAAAAAGAGCAUAUAGUUAGAAUAUGUGACGCGCUAUUUUAAGUGUUUGAAUGAUUUAUAACUUACUUGCAUGUAAUGUAUGCGAAGAAAUAUUAAAAGAAAAGUGUAAAUUAAAAAAUACAUAAAAUAAUUUAAGAGAAAAUAAAAAAAUUUAUAGGAACUAUAAAAAUGCUCUUUUCAAAUAAUUCAUAAAGGAUGUAAUGGAAAACAUUACUCAUUUGCUCAAACAAUGGAUUUACCCAGCCUUUUAAAGGCUGUUUUGAUCCUCUGCAUGUUUCAAGCUCUGAAUGCAUUAGAUCUUCAAGGCCCGGUGUUUCUCCAUGAACCGCCACACAAGGUUGAGUUUUCCAACAAUUCUGGCGCAAUAAUUGAGUGUUCAGGAAAUGGAAGCCCUCCACCGGAGGUUGAAUGGACAACGAUACCAUCGUCGCAGGAUCUAGUCUUCACUCUACAAAACGGUAGUCUAAUGUUCUAUCCAUUCACAGCAGAAAAAUACCGGCACGAGGUUCACGCCACUGUGUACAGAUGUAAAUUGAAAAAUCUUGUUGGGACUAUUUUAAGUAGAGAAGUGCAUAUGCGUGGAGUUGUAAAUCAAAAAUAUUCGGUCAAUGUACACGAUGAAUACGUUAUGACUGGCAACACUGCAGUUUUGAAAUGUCAAGUACCUAGUUACAUGUCCGAAUUUGUAAUGGUAACCGCAUGGGUUCAAGAUUCGGGCAUGCAUUUGUAUCCUAAUACGGAUAUUGGAGGAAAAUAUACAGUUUUAUCAAAUGGUGAAUUGUAUAUCAACAAUGCCGGUACGAUAGAUGCAUAUAAAACAUAUACUUGUAGAACAGUUAAUAGGUUAACAGGUGAAAUUCAAGUUUCUACUUAUCCAGGUAGAAUAAUCGUUACAGAACCAAAAGGUUUAGUUCAGCCGCGUAUAAAUGUUGAAAAACAUUCUCUACGGCACGUUGUAUUAAACGGUCAAAUUACACUACCAUGCAUUGCCCAAGGUCAUCCUGUUCCAACAUAUAGGUGGUUUAAGGAGGAUCAUGAGCAAUUACUUCCCCUUCAACUUAGUGAACGUAUCACUAUGAUAUCAGCAGGUCUGCUCAAAAUAAUGAAGGCUCGCUUAGAAGACAGUGGUAAAUACCUAUGCUGGGUAAACAAUACCGCCGGCGAAGAAACUAUUCAAGUCUCUUUAACAGUAACAGCUCCACUUACAGCGCAUUUGCAACCUCAAAUUCAAACAAUCGAUGUUGACAAAGAUGCACAAUUCCAAUGCAUUGUCACAGGUCAUCCUAUACAAAAUAUAAAUUGGGUACAUGACGGAAAACCCAUUCUCAGAGAUAACAGAAUUGAGAUAUUUUCAGAUCCUCCAAGACUGAUUAUAAAAAAAAUACAAAAGGAAGAUCAAGGGAUGUUUCAAUGCUUCGUUUCAAAUGAGUGGGAACAAGUACAAUCAACAGCUGAAUUACAACUAGGUGAUGCUUCUCCUGAGUUAUUAUAUUGGUUUUCGGAACAAACAUUACAGCCAGGGCCAACAGUUUCAUUAAAGUGCGUAGCAACAGGGAAUCCACCGCCACAGUUUGUAUGGACUCUAGAUGGAUUUCAUAUUCCAGAUAAUUCGAGGUUUGUUGUUGGUCAAUAUGUAACAAUUCAUGAUGAUGUCAUUAGUCAUGUAAAUAUAACCAACGUCAAAGAAGAAGACGGAGGUGAAUACUCUUGCACAGCACAAAACAGCAUUGGCAAAGUCACUCACAGUGCCAAAGUUAAUAUUUAUGGUCUUCCAUAUAUUCGGGAAAUGCCUAAAAUAACAGGAAUUUCUGGAAAGAAUUUAAUUGUGAAGUGCCCUGUAGCUGGUUACCCAAUAGAUAAAAUCCAUUGGGAAAGGGAUGGACAAACUCUACCAAUUAAUAGAAGGCAAAGGGCUUAUAACAACGGCACUCUUUUUAUAGAACAAUUGCAAAGACUGGAUGAUGCUGGAACUUAUACGUGUAUGGCUCAAAACAAACAGAAGCAAACUGCUCGUCGCAAUGUCGAAAUACAGGUUUUAGUGCCUCCAAAAAUUAUGCCUAUACAAGCCAUGACCAAUAUGUUACGUGAAGGAAUGCGAGCAGCAAUAUCUUGUCAAAUUUUGGAAGGUGAUUUACCGGUUAGUUUUCGCUUUGAAAGAAAUAAUAAACCAGUACUAGGAACGGGGAACGAGGUAGUUCGACGCUUAGACGAAUAUUCCGCUAGUUUAGUAGUGGAGCAUAUUUCUUCGGAGCAUUCAGGAAACUAUACAUGUAUUGCCAGUAACGUUGCUGGCACUGAAAGGGUUACAGUGCCUUUAACAGUUAAUGUUCCUCCAAAAUGGAUAUUAGAGCCAAAAGAUUCUAGUGCUCAAGCUGGUCAGAAUGUUUUGCUACACUGCCAAUCUGAUGGUUACCCCAAACCGAUUGUUACCUGGAAAAAAGCGAUAGGUGUAAGUCCCGGAGAAUAUAAAGAUUUUUUAUAUGAACCAGGUGUUCAAUUGUUUUCUAAUGGCUCUAUAUACUUCAAAAAAAUUAGCAAAGAGUCACAAGGACAUUUUUUAUGUGAAGCAAAAAAUAAUAUUGGGUCAGGUGUUAGCAAAGUUAUUUUUUUAAAAGUUAACGUACCUGCCCAUUUUACUACCAAAAGUAAACAAAUUUCUGUGGCCAAACAAAAACAAGUACACAUUCAAUGUAAUGUUCAAGGUGAUAACCCUAUAGAUAUAAAGUGGAAACUCCAAAACACCCAGCAACUUUUGGAUGAAUCACUUGACACAAGAUAUACAAUAAGGGAACAAGUUUUAGAUGACGGAAUGGUGUCAGAACUGGGAAUAACACAUACUUAUAGACAAGAUACUGGAAUUUAUAUUUGUCAAGCUAGUAAUGCAUUUGGACAAGAUGAAAUGUCGAUUCAACUGAUAGUACAAGAAGUCCCAGAGCAGCCAAAAAAUCUACGAAUAAAUUCGCAGCAAUCAAGGAGUUUACAACUAACUUGGGGCCAGCCAUUUGCUGGAAACAGUCCAAUCGAAGAAUACCAUAUAUUUUAUAAGCAAAUAUCAGAUACUUGGCAGAAUGCUGAAAGAAUCUCAAUAACUGGAACACAAACUGUAGUAACAAUUCAAAAUUUAAAACCAGCCAAAGCAUAUCAUAUUCGAGUUUCUGCGGAAAACAAAUUAGGGUCUUCCGAAUUUUCAGAGGUUAUUCAAGUAACUACCUUAGAGGAAGUGCCUUCAGGGCCGCCAUUAAAUGUGCGUGGCGAAGCUAAAAGUUCAACGGAAAUUUCUGUAAUUUGGGAAGCUCCGGAUCGCGACAACUGGAAUGGUAUACUUUUAGGUUAUUAUAUUGGAUAUCAAAUUGCUUCACAGCCUGAAGAUAGAGAAAUUAACCCAACAACCGGUUUUAAUUUUAAAACGGUAGAAGUAAGAUCGCAUUUUGGUGGUGAAACAAUUCUUACAAAUUUAAAUAAAUACACUCAAUACAAUAUCAUUGUUCAAUCGUACACUAGCCAGGGAAGUGGUCCGCCAAGUAAAGAAAUAUCAGUACAAACUCUAGAAGAUGUUCCUUCUUCGCCACCAGAGAGUCCACAAUGUGAUGUUUUAGGAUCUACAUCUAUAUAUAUUACUUGGUCUCCUCCUGAAUACGAUGGGCAAAAUGGGAAAAUCAGAGGAUAUAAAGUUUUUUACAUAUCAGUUGACGAUCUUUUUGAAAAAGAUCCCGAAGUUGUAAAAUCAAACAAUCAGUAUUUAACAAUCGAAAACUUAAAAAAAUUUGCAAAUUACAGCGUGUGGGUAUUAGCUUACACAAAAAUUGGAGACGGUGUUAAGACAAACCCUUUUUACUGCCGAACUCACGAAGACGUACCAUCAGCUCCGCAAGCAAUUAAAGCGAUUCCGGCUUCAAGCACAAAAAUUAUAGUGUCUUGGUUACCUCCACUUUAUCCUAAUGGAGAUAUAGUCGGUUAUACAUUUUACAUGUCAGUAUUGGAAGGUGGUAGAACAGAAGGUUCACAUAAACGAGUUCUCGGGGCACAUGUUGAAAUGCACGAAACUCAACGACUACAGGAAGAUGCAACAUAUCAAUUUUGGUUAACUGCUUCAACAAAAGUAGGUGAAGGCGAAAAAACUGACGUGGUGACGGUUCAUCCAAAUACAAAAGUACCUGCAAGAAUAGUUUCUUUUAGUCAAACAGUUGUCACUCCGUGGAAAGAAAAUUUAAUGCUUCCAUGCCAAAAAGUUGGAGCUCCAGCCCCUGUAACAAUAUGGCGGCAAGAUGGUCACGCGAUGGAAACAAGUACACGAAAGACUAUAGCGAAAAAUGGAACAUUAUUUAUUAAAGAUUGUCAAAGUACAGACGUUGGAAAUUAUACAUGUAGUGUAGAAAAUACGUGGGGAAAAGAUGAAAUUGUUUACAAUGUAAUAAUAAAAGUGCCUCCGGAUCCACCCAGUUUACUUGUUGUCAGCACAUUUACAGAUAGUUUGCUUCUUGAAUGGACCGAUAACAAACAUGGCGGCAGUCCAGUUUUAGGUUAUGUAAUUAAUUUUAAACGCGACAAUGGUGAUUGGGAAGAAUUACAAAUUGACUCAAAAACCAACACACAUUUACUUAGCAAUCUAUGGUGCGGUACAAAGUACCAACUUUAUAUAACAGCUUACAAUAAAAUUGGGACUGGUUUGCCAUGUGAUAUUGUUAACACUUUUACAAAAGGAAAUGCUCCUGUCCAACCUAAGCAUUCUCAAAUGAUAACGAAUAAUUCAACAAGCGUUACAUGCUGGUUAGACUCAUGGGGCGACGGUGGUUGUGGGAUUUUAUAUUUUGUAAUAGAAUGUCGUUUGCUUGGAAGGUCGCAAUGGAACAUUAUAUCGAACCAUAUAGCACCAACGGAAAGAAUUUAUACAGUUAGUGAUUUACUGCCAGGAACCAAAUAUCAGCUUAGAGUUACCGCGCAUAAUAACGCUGGUUCAACUGUUGCAACUUAUAACUUCACGACCCUCUUACCGCAAGGAAUGAUAUACAGCCCAGAUCAUUCCUCGCCAAUAUCUCACAUAAGUGAUGGACCAUUUUAUGCGAAUUUCAAAGUUUUAUUACCUAUUUGUCUAUCGUUACUUUGUUUACUGGCCUUAAUUGCAGCAGUUUUAUUUAUUCGAAAAAGAAAGUUAAACGAAUCGAACCGUGUUCCAUCAUCAUCAAUGUCAGAGUCUCCAUCAUUGGUUAACUUACAAAAUAAACAAAAUCGUGAUCAGCAAUAUUUAUCUACACGUUGUAACUCAAGCAAUCGCCCAUCAAGUAAUACAAACGAUUCAGGUAGCUUUAAAACUGAAGGAAAUGAGUACAUCGAAGAUAUAUGUCCAUAUGCAACGUUUCAGUUAAACAAACAGACUUAUAGUGAAAGUUCAUAUAGCGGAAACGUUUAUAGUGGGCCAUAUCAUUCUGUUCGAGGCUCAUUUGUAUACCAUGAUGUAAAACCAGAUAGUUACCAUACUAAAGAACCGGAGUAUACAAAAGUGAGACGAAAGGGAGGAAGACUGCGAGAUCCUCAUUCUGAGAGUCAAGAAUCGGACAAUCCAGGCUCAACAGAUUCAGAAGUCAGAAAAAUCCUAACGCUUCACAUACCAAUUACAGAAUACGAUACUCUUGGCUCAGAAUCGGACAAUGAUAUCAGCUCACGUGGAAAUACAAAUUCAAAUAAAUAUAGACCUACAAUUGAUGCUCAAAAUGAAACAUCAUCUUCAUCAGAAACUACGCCGACGAGUUUAUCCAGAAAGUCGAAACCACCAUUUUCAACAAGAAAGUCAGGAAAAGCAACAGCACAAAAUUUCCCUAAACGUCAUGUUAGAAGUUCCAGUGGGUAUUCAAGUCACAACGAAGAAACUACAUUUAGUAUUUCAAAUUAUCCAAACUCCAAUUAUCAGGACCACAUAAAUCCACCACCAAAAUUUUCAGAUGGUAGUGAAACAAGAUCUGCAAAUUCACCAAGAGUACGUGCUAACCCGAAAUUACAUCGUGAAGCGUUUCAAAUUAACGUAUAAUAAAACAAAAAAAGGGCGGCUAAUUAUUAUUUAAAUACAUUGUUUAUAAUUGAAAAUAUCGACUCGUUUAAAAUUUAGGUUACUGAAGUAAAAGUAUAAGUAAGUGUGGUAAAACAAUAUAAUAAAAUUGCGAACGCUGAACCAUUCCAUUGAAGUAAGUUCAACAUUAAGAAAACUACAUAAAAUGAAAAUGUACUGAAAAUGGACUGAAAAUGGAAUUAAUUAAGGGUUAAAAUAUUGCGGACAAAAUAUAUUAUCGCAAAUUACAAAAACUUCUCAAAGUUGAAAUUUUUUUAUUUCAAAUAAUAGUUAAAUAUUAGAUUUAACAAGUUUAUAAUUAUUGUUUAAUUUUUCACUUUUACCAAAAUGUAUUUAUAAAAUUUAUUGUAAUACUUUUAUACAAAUAAUAUCAAUACAUUAUUAUUUACAAUAAUUAUUAGGUUAGUUAUACGCAAAUUUCUUUAUCUUUGUAUUGGUUGUAGACAAAAUUUUUGUAAUAAUGUUGUAAAUAACUGAAACUUUAAUAUUUAGGACACAUAUACACUUACCCCAAAAAAUGGAAAACAAGAUGCUAAUAUUAUUAAUAUAUUAAAAUAGA